AUGGAGAUGUCUUCAGAGGACCUAGUCGCAAUGAGCGCCCUCAUCGGCAGGGGUGUGCUGGAUCCGAGCAAUGAUCCAAAUAUUGGAUCGGCGCGGGGAAGUAACAAAUCCUCGACGUCGGAUGCGCUCCAGACUGUAGGGAUAACGGCGUCUACAUCUGGAAUGGCAUUGCUUUCCACUUUCCUUCCCGCAUUUAUCCUGGCUGUUAUUGGUUUCCUGAUAUUCCUCAUCUGCCGUCGAACCCAACGCCGAUUUUACUCCCCGAGGUCAUACCUAGGGCAUAUACAUGACCAUGAACGAAGCCCAGAACUUCCCUAUGGGUUUGUAAACUGGAUAGGGGACUUCAUCCGCCUUUCAGAUAGCCACGUUCUCCGGAACUCAUCCUUAGAUGGCUAUCUCUUCCUUCGAUUUCUCAAGAAAAUGUCCCUACUGAGCUUUAUCGGAUGUUGCAUCACUUGGCCUAUAUUGAUGCCCAUAAAUAUCACAGGAGGCGCAGGAAAUACCCAGCUGGAUCUCCUUACCUUCAGCAAUGUUGUCAAUCCCAAGCGGUACUAUGCACAUACAAUUGUCUCUUGGAUAUUUUUUGGGGUUGUCUUCCUCAUGGUCUGUCGUGAAAGCAUCUUUUACGCAGCUCUCCGACAAGCCUACCUGCUCUCACCACUAUAUGCUGACCGGAUCUCCUCUCGGACCGUGCUGUUCAUGUCCGUUCCUCAGUCUUACCAGAACAAGGCGAAGCUAUCCAAAAUAUUCGGUGACUCAGUCAAGCGUGUCUGGACUUCAGAAGAUACCUCAAAGUUGGCGACGCUUGUUCGUAAGCGAGAUAGACUUGCAUAUAGUCUGGAAGAUGCCGAAACUAGAUACGUUAAAGCUGCGCAUGCUGCUCGCCUGAAGGUGUUGAAGAAACAAGGCCGUGACCCAGAAGUCUCGUUAGAACAAGCUACAGUCAAGCAGAGCAGUAACGAAUCCGAUCUCGACCAGGCUCCUUGGCUACUAAAUGUUAAGUGCCCUUCACGACUAGCGCACUACGUCUUUGGCGAAAAGGUUGACAUAAUUGAGGACCUGCGUUCUCGUCUUGCUACACUUAUCCCAGAGGUCAAUGAAUUGCAGCAGGAACACCGAGUCGGUGAAGCAAAGACUGUAGGCGGAGUAUUUGUGGAAUUCACCACCCAGCGAGAAGCCCAAAUCGCAUACCAAACGCUCUCACACCACCAUCCCUCUCAGAUGACACCUCGGUUCAUCGGAAUACCACCACAUCAGGUACUCUGGCCCGCACUACGAUAUUCGUGGUACCAAAGAAUCGUCAGAAAAUUUGCCGUGCAGGGUUUCAUUACCGUUAUGAUAAUCUUCUGGUCUAUCCCAUCGGCCUUGAUUGGAUCGAUUUCCAACAUCACCUAUCUCACCAAUCUUCUCAAAUUUCUCAAGUUUGUGAACGAAUUGCCUUCUUUCAUCAAGGGAAUAAUAAGUGGCCUUCUUCCUGCGGCGGGACUAGCUAUAUUGAUGGCGGCAGUUCCCUGGAUUAUGAGAUGGUGCGCGAGGCAGUCAGGUGUCCCUUCAACGGCUAAAGCAGAGCUAUUCACGCAGAAUGCACAUUUUUGCUUUCAGGUAGUGCAAGUAUUCCUGGUAACUACCAUUACAUCCGCGGCAUCUGCAGCCACGAGUCAAAUUAUCAAAAACCCACUCUCGGCCAAAGACCUACUGGCGAAAAAUCUACCAAAGGCCACGAAUUUCUACAUCUCGUACUUCCUUUUUCAAGGAUUAAUGCUGAGUUCGGGGGCUGUGGUACAAGUAAUCGCAUUCCUGCUCUUCAAGUUCUUUCGGGCCUUCUUUGACUCUACGCCUCGAAAGUUAUACUCACGCUGGGCUGCACUUACUGGAGUAUGGUGGGGAACAGUUUUCCCGGUCUUCACAAAUAUGGCUGUUAUAGCAAUCACCUACAGUUGUAUAGCUCCGUUGGUCCUUGGCUUUUCUGCUCUUGGGCUUUAUCUGGUAUACCAGGCCUAUCGAUAUAACCUGCUAUUCGUGUACGAACCUGUUGUCGACACAAAGGGCCUGGUAUAUCCCCGAGCACUUCAACAAGUGUUAACGGGCGUUUACCUAGCAGAAGUAUGCAUGUUUGGACUCUUUGCCAUCCGUGCAGCGAUUGGCCCUAUGGUCUUGAUGGGCAUGUUUACCGCGUUCACAGCACUAUGCCACAUCUCCCUAAAUGAAGCACUGGCACCUUUGCUCUCCGCCUUACCUCACACUCUCAAUAAUGAAGACGACUGGACGUGCACAACGCCAAGUGACUUUGAAAAGCCUGAAUUCUUGUCCCGAACCAUGACCAGCGGGAAGGAAUUCUUGCCUCGACGCCAGAGUACAUUGACUCUAGCUGAGAUUACUACUGCGCCUGACUCGAUAUGGGACAAGUUCGAAAAUUUCCGCUGGUGGCUCUUCCAUCCUAGCAUAUAUGCUAACUAUGCGGCACUGCGGGAGAAGAUAAGACAGGAUCCAUCUAUUCCCUACGACGAACAUAUCUCGGACAAUGCGUAUUACCCGAGUUGUGUGUACAGCCGCCCGCCCCUUCUCUGGAUCCCACGAGAUGCUGGGGGUGUAAGUCGACAGGAGGUCGAGCUCACCAGCACCAUCAUACCCAUGACCGACAACGAAGCUCAUCUUGACGAGAAGAACAAGGUGGUGUGGGAUAAGGUCGGCAUGAAACCGCCUAUAUGGGAGGAAAAGGUGUUUUACUAG